GUAGGGUCUUCAUAAUGCAUUCUUUCAUCAAUGAUAACAAAGAUAAUACGCACUAAGUAAUAGCCAUUUCUUCAUAAAUACUAGACUUCAGCGCCCAAUAGCUCUCCCUCCACUAGAAUCCUCCACCUCCUUCAUGCAUUUCCUCCGCCAAGACGCGCCCCCCCGCUCCUCUUCCGCCAGGUCGCGGCGCUUUCUUCUUGGCGGAGUUGAUCGGCGGAAGAGGAGUCGGGGCAGAGGCGCCGCGGGAUUUGACAGAGGAGGCCGCUGCCCUGAGUUUUUUGAGGUGUUUCUGGGUUUGUCUGCUUUUGAAUGUCGUGGAAGUUCUUGGAUUGGAGGUCUUGACCUGAGUGCAGCGCGUUACGCUUAAGCUUUUUAGGAUGGGGGCUUCACUCCCUGGGGCGAGUUUGAAGCUUUUGGCUUGCAGCUUGAACUGAAGCCCAUGGCUUUCGGCGAAGCUCUAGGCCUAAAGCUUCGCACGUGGCGCUUGGAUUUUGAGGCUUUGGAUUUGCAAGCUGAAACAGAAGCUUUGGGCGCAGAGCGUAGUCGGAUUUGGGGGGUUUUGUCUGAAGUUUUGGACUUGAGACUUCGGGUCUGAAGGCUUGGGCUUCACGCCUUGGGCGCUAUGCUUUGGACUUGAAGGCGAAGCCUUCAGCCUGAAGGCUUGGAGCUGAAUUGUUGGGCUUGAGGUGUUGGACUUGGGGCCUUGGCUUUGAAGGUUUCGGCUUGCAACCUUGGGCCCGAAGUGUUACUUAGUCUUGCGCCUGAGGCCUUGGGCUUGUGGUUUUGGUUUUGGAGUCGGGUCCUCGAAUUUGAAAAGUUUGAAACUUGGCCGCGGCUGAUAAAAUGAAAAAACUUGGCACCUACGCUAGCCCAAAAUAUUAGCAGACAUCGCUUAGAAUUUUAAUUAGAUCGCCUGUGGGCGCGAUGGAUUGGCUACAUAUUAUUGGCAGCGUAUUAGCCGAAGUUGUGAUCGUAGGCGAAUGACAUGCUGCGCCUGAGGUUUUGGAGCUGAGUGCCCGAAUUUGAAGAGUUUAACGCCUAGCCUCGGCUGAUAAAGUCAAGAGCCUUGCUACUUUAGCCCACAGUAGCGAAGCUCUCUGGCUGCACAUCACUGGCAGCGCGUUGGCUGGUGUCUUGAUCGUAGUCCAAUGACAUGCCACGCCCGAGGUGUUGGGCCUGCGUGAGGCUUUGAAAAGUUACAGCUUUGACUGUAAAAAGUUAUAAUUUUGAUUUUGGUUGGUAAAGUCAAAAACUUUGCUAUCUUAGCCCCAGCAAAGAAGGAAAGUUAUCGACUAUAUCGCUUAGAAUUUGAAUCGAGUCGCCUGCGGCCGUGAUUGGCUGUGCGUAGGCUGAACUUCGUAAGUUCAUAAGUGCAUAAGUAGUUACGAAGUCCUUAUGUUUCUAAGUUCCUAGGUUCGUAAGAAAGUUGAAGUUCCUAGGUUCAUAGGUUCCGGGUUUUGUUGUGUGAGUGUCUUGGUUCAAGUGUUUUUGGUUCGGGGGUGUGUGGUUGAGAGAUUGGAGGGGACGCUGUUGCCUUUUUAUAUAUAUUAGGGCAGUUUAUAGCACGAAUGGCGCAUGGGACGAAUGGCAUGAAUGGCACACCCCAACAGACCCCAAAUGUGUCACGAAUGGCACGAAUGGCACAGGUUGUUGACAGGGUUCCGCCAGCUGGCGCCCCUGGUCUCAUUCGCUUACCGAGUAUAUCCGUCGUAUGCAAGUGAUUCCGCCCAUGAGAGAAGCCGCACCGUUUCGACGAAGAAGGGAAGAGGUGGCGCCGAAGCAUGGCGCCCCGCCCGUAGCGGGGGGGCAGCCUUGGCACCUAGUGGAACUGUGUGAGGGAUGUGCGUUUGGCUGAGUGCAGGGUUUGGCGCCCGAAGGGCGCCCCGCGCCCGCGGGGUUCUUGGCGAUCGGCGUAGAGCAUCGAGCAGGAAGUGGCAACCCAGUGGGGAGAGCAACGCGUUGGAACGCAGGGCGCCCGAAGGGCGCCCCGCUCUCGAAGGUCUAUUUGGUCCACGAAUGGGACGAAUGGCGAGGUCGAUCGCGGUCACGGAUUGCGCCCCCGCCAUCCGUGCCAUUCGUGCCAUUCGAUCCAUGCCAUUCCAGACCUGGAACCCUUAUAAACUGCUCUAAUAUAUGUUCCAGGCGGGCGCGGGGCGACGGUGCCCCCCCUUGCGCCCUGGGCCCCUUUUGAAGGCGUCUGCGGUGGGUGGAAGGCCUCAAAAGGGGGCCCCGUGACCUCCCCUUUCCGCUCCCUUCCAGCUGCCUGGCUGUUCCCCCGGGGCCUCCGAUGGUGGUGGGAGGCUUCAAAAGGGGCCCAGGGGACCGCCUGCGCCCCCGUCCAGGUGCUUGCCUGUGCCGUAAGUGCAUCCGCUAGGCUUCGCCGCCGCAGCAGUGCGCCUGCAGCGGAAGGCCUCCGAAGUCGGCAAAAGUAAGGCGAGGGGCUGGACCCCGUGAGCCGUGCCGCCCGUACCCUCCGGGCCCUUGGUCAUCGGCUUGCUUGCUCUUCUUGCGACUGUGGCCGCCUCCGGCGGCCUUUUACCACGGAGGCCGCCCGCCUACGAGGGUCAGCAGAGGCCAGGAGGUCCCUUAGGAACACGCUGAGAGGCCCAAGGGGAGGCCCGCGCCAAGUUGUGACGCUUUCUGCCACUAGAAUCCGCGAAAAAUCCGCGCGAAAGCGCCCGCGCUCGCGCCACCACAGACCAUACCACAGGGGGGGGAGGGCCGAGGGGGGGCCGUUCGGCCUGGAGUCGUAUAGAAGCUCAGAGGUUUAUAGGUUCAUGGUUUUGUUGGGUGAGUGUCUCUGUUCCAGUGUUUUUGGUUCGGGUGUGUGUGGUUGAGAGAUUGGAGGGGGCGUUGUCGCUUUUUUCUCUAGCUCUUUAAUUUUCUUAAAUUUCAAUGUUAUCAAGCGCUCUACCUACGAGUCAACAUCAUGGUACUACUAAUAAAUGAGGAAGUCGCAAUAUCAAAGAUUCAGGAGUAUGUCUUACCGAUAACAAGGAAGUUCACAGGCAGAUCCAAGAUACUAAACACUAUAGAUAGCGAGUCAUAGCAUAAUUACUAAUAUGUGUAAGGAAAUCGUGAUUUCAAAGUAGCAAUGUGUAUUACGAGUAAGGAAGUUGUUCUCAAAACAAGAAAAAGUAAAAGAUGCUAAACACUAUACGAAUCAUGGUGUUGUCAGUAAAUAAGGACGUCGCAAUGUCGUCGCGUGAAAGACUCAGCAGUAUGCAUUACUACC